UUGAAGAAUGGGAGGAAGCAGUAGCAAAGAAGCAGACAAUGACUGUAGCAUGUGUAUGACGUGCAAAGUUGAUGGAGUUGAAAAAGAAGCUGGGGCUUUCUGUAUGAAUUGUGCUGAAUCUUUGUGCUCUGACUGUGUUCGCGAUCAUCGUAAAAAUAAAGCUUCGCGAAACCAUAUUAUACAAGAGGGUACUAAUAAUGAUUUAGUUGUUUUAAAGUCAAUAAAAUCGAUGGUUUCUUGUUCAGAACACCCAGAGGAAGAAGUUUUAAUAGAAUGUAAAGAUCACGUGAAGUUCGUGUGUCGAAAGUGUCAUUUUUCAAAUCAUAUAAAUUGCGAUGUUAGAGAGUUAGGGAGUGAAAUUUCAGAUGGAUCUGUAAAUAACGUGACGGAUGAAUUAAAAGAAGUUCAUGCGGCAACAGUGUGUGCGAGAGAAUGCAAAGAAGAAAUCAUUAAAAUGCUCCUCGAUAAACAAACCGCACUAAAGCAAGAAAGAGAUCUUAUUAUAAAUACGUUUGACAGCCUAAAUAAGGAUUUAGAAAAUGAAAUUGAAAAUCUUGUUUCAAAAGAAAAAGAUGUGUUAGAAAGUGACAUUGAUGAAUGCAAAGCACAUGAAAAAGAAUUAAAUUUGAACGAAGAAUUUAUUAAAAAGGUUUUGCAAACGGGCAAUUCUGUUUGGACAGAAGUUGUUAACGAUGCUGUGAGAAAGAAAACAAAACAGUUAAAAGAAAACAUUAAUGUGCUUAGCAACAAAAAGGCAAGCAAUCUGAAUUUUAAACCAAGUGAAACCUUUCUGGCAUUAAAACAAAUGUCUUCCCUUGGAAAGAUAGAAAUGAUUCGCGAGAGUGGUCUACAAACUCCAGUCGUACAUGGUGUUGAAGUUAACUUGAAUUUCAGCAGUAAUGCUGUGGAAGACACAAAAGGUUCAACGUGCGUAAGCCAAGCAGAUAUUUGUGAGGUUCCUGGACAUACGCAAAUUUUGUGUAUUAAACUUAAUAUGGCGGACAUGACUACAUGUCAGGAGUUAACUGAUCAAAUGUCUGUGAAAUUGGCUACCGAAAAGAAUGAAGGGGAAAACGAAAACAUAGAAAUAGGGUCACACAAACAAGACUCGAAAAGGGAACAAAAACUUUCAUCCAGUGGAUAUACUAGUACAAAUACGGAUUUAAUAAUCGUGGCAAACACAGAUGAUAGCGGAGAAAAACAAGACGGAAAUAUGCAAGUAAAACGUCAGUCAGACGAUGUACCGACUUUCGAGUUUACUGUUGAAGAUAAAGUUACUACGUGUAAUGACAAAAACAAUGAAAAUGCAUGUGGCGACUCGCUUGAAAAAAACAAAGACAAGAAACGACUAUGUGAUCCUUGUCUUUUUGAUGAUGUUAAAGAAACUGCAAACUCAUUUUGUGUUGUUUGCGUUGAAUAUCUUUGCAAAAGCUGUGCACGAGAUCAUAGAAGAAGUAAAGCUACUAGAAACCACAAAGUUAUAAUUGAGACAGACAUACCAGAUGAUCCAACAUUGUUUAAGAUGAUGAAAUCGUUAGCAUCCUGUCCCGAUCAUCCCGAGAUGGAUGUUUCCUACAAAUGUAAAACACACGAGAAAUUCAUUUGUACUAAAUGUUUGGUUGUUAGUCAUAGAAAAUGUGAGGAAGUUAUAGAGAUUUCAAAUCUGAUAACCCAAGAUAAGACCAUUGCUGAGACAGAUACCCACACAACACUGCCAAAUACGCUGCAAUCAGUUUAUGAAAUGAUUGUCUCGGUCCGGAAUGCUAAAGAGGAGAAUAUCAAACAACUCCGAAUCAACAGUUCUUGUAUUCAUGCAGAGAGGUCAGAAUAUAUAAAACUUAUACAGGAACAAUUAAUGAAACUUGAUGAAAAAUAUAUGACCGAGACAGAUGAUAUUGUAACAAAAACACUUAAAGAGAUAGAAAAAGAUAUUUACAAGUGCAAGGAGGUAGAGGAGAAAAUAUUACAACAAAAACUACUGCUUGAUGUCGGAUUAAGUUAUGGUAACACGACUGAAGUAAACUUAAUUUGCGAGAAAGUAGAAAAAGAUAUAAAAGGAUAUAAAGAUGAAACUACUAAACAGGAAGCAAAACCAGCUGUAAGUCUAAAGUUUGACCGGAAUAAGAGUUUUGAAGAAAUAGCUUCGCUAGGAUCUGUUCGUGUCGUAAAGGGUCGAGACGACGAAGAUUGUCAGGAAAAAGUAGUUUCAGGCAAGGAAACUGUCAUAGAGCUUUCUAGCGACGAGUUAGGGGAGAAAACGGUCAAUGUUGGAGAAUAUUUACAGAGUAAAUCGUUUAUGCAAAGCUCGGUCAGUAAACGUAGAAUCAUGUAUGAUAUACAAACAAGCCAAUCGACAGAGAAAUGUUCUAUUACUAGCAUGGUUAUUUUGUCCGAUGGGACAAUUGUCUUGGCAGACAAUUCCAACAAACUAAUUACAGUUUUGAAUAAGGAUUUGUCUAUACGGUUGCAGAAAGAACUUACCGGAAAACCAAUAGAUGUGUGUCAAUAUUCAGGAAAUUGGUUAGGCGUACUCGUUGAUGGCGUUAAAUAUGUAAAGAAAUAUCAGAUUGGCGAUGAUGCUAUGUAUAACUAUGGAGAAUUUCCUUGCAAACUUUAUCCACUCAGCAUCGAAAGCAUGACUGGUAAUGAUGGUCGUGUCAUUAUUUUGUUUUCUGAUGAAGAAAAAGCCACUCCAAAAAAUAGUGAUCGUGAUCAAAUUGAGAUACAAAUACGUAGCAUGAAUGCUGGGAAAAUAUUACAAACCCUUAAAGAUUUUAGAAAUAAGACAUCGCUGAAAAUGGUUUUAGAUGAUCCAGGAAGAAUUCGCAUGAUGACAAGUACAACAAAUGCCUUCUUGGUAUCUGAAAAUAUGAAAUUGCGUUGCGUUGAGACAGAUAAAGACAAUCCAAGUGUUUUGAAAGAGAAAUGGUAUUUCAAGAGCUAUAAAGGAAACAUAAUAGCUGACAUAACAGACAUUGCGGUAGACAAGGAAGGAAAUAUUUAUGUAUGUGGGAAAAGUUCCAAAAACAUCCAUCAAAUAUCAAGUGCGAACUAUAUGCAAAACAGAGUUUUGUUAACAGUAACAGGAAUACCUUGGUCUCUCUGUUUUGAUAACGAAAACAGGCAAUUAAUUGUUGGUUGCGAAAACGAUGACUUUAUCUACGUUAUUAAACUAGAAUAAUACAUACUUGUAACACUCAACUACGAGAUAUAUUGUUGGAGCUGUUUCGGUACUGCAAUCGAGUAAAGAAAUAUAAGACCACCAAAUUAUAUAAUAAUAUGUUGAAACUUAUAUUUGUGUGAUAAAUAAGUGAAAUAUACGUAAAUAUUAAGUUAUUUGCAUAUCCAUAUGUCACCGCGAUCCUCCAAAUACCGAUCCGCAGUUCUACCCACUGAGCCACCCGACCGCUUACAUAAAUUCUCUUACAUGUAUUUGUUUACAGUCCUAUACCAA